UUUCCUGAUAUGGAGUGAGAGAAGAAAGAUAGAGGACAACAUCAACCACUCCAAAGAUUUAUAUAUACAUAUAAAUCUCCAUAUCUUUGCAACCAAACCCAACAAUCUUUGAAAACAAAUAAGUGAACAAACCUUUCGUUUUAUUUAUAUUUAUUGGGGUCGUUCUUGAUUGUAUACUAGAAGGAGAGAUUUGUAUGUGUUUAUUAAUGGAGAGCAACACUACUAAUGGUAAUAAUCAGAAGACAAAGAUGAGUCUUGUGUUGUCAACAGAUGCUAAGCCCAGAUUGAAAUGGACAUGUGAGCUUCAUCACAGAUUCAUUGAAGCCGUUAAUCAACUCGGUGGACCAAACAAGGCAACACCUAAGGGUUUGAUGAAGGCUAUGGAGAUUCCUGGGCUUACUUUGUAUCAUCUAAAGAGCCAUUUACAAAAAUAUCGACUAGGAAAGAGCCUGAAGUUUGAUGAUAACAAUCUUGAAGCAGAUUCCUCUGCUUCAGAAACCCAAGAAGCUGAGAGUAAAAACGUCUCUGCAGAUUUCAGAGGCAGUGUCAACGUAGAAAACAACAAUCCAGCUAACGAAGGCGUGCAGAUCACGGAAGCUUUACAGCUGCAGAUGGAAGUUCAAAAGAAACUUCAUGAACAAAUCGAAGUUCAGAGGCAUUUACAAGUGAAGAUUGAGGCACAAGGCAAGUAUUUACAGUCAGUUUUACUGAAAGCUCAACACACUCUCGCUGGCUACACAUCUUCCACUCUUGGCAUGGACUUUGCGAGAACCGAACUCUCUAGAUUAGCUGCAAUGGUGAAUCAGAGUUCUUCGUUCUCGGAGCUAACACAAGUGGAAGAAUACAAAGAAGAAGGAUUCUUGUGGUGCAAGAAACCAGAAAACAGAGGAAUUACACAUCCAAGACGUUCAGUUGAGAGCUCGUUGACAUCUUCAGAGAGCUCAGAUACAAAUCUGAAUAAAAACAACGACGAGAGAAUGUCAGUGGAGCUUCCGUUGAUGGAGAUCAAAUCAGAAAAGCAGACGGAGAAGAAGAAGAGGAGCCUAAACGAUGUCGUUUGCAUGGAACGCCAGCCUCCAAAGAAGAGGAAUCUUGGAGCUUAUGAUGAUGAUGAUGAUGAACACCUGAGGUUGAGUUUGAAUAGUUACAAGAAAGACAUGGGGACGUGUCCGAACAUAGGACUAGGGUUUAAUUGAAAAAAGUAAUCACUUUAAUAUUAUAAAUAUUUUUAAAAAGUCCUAUGUAUCUGCGUAGAUUUCCAUAUAUAUAACAUAAAGUGGAGAUUUUGUGAGAAAGUCGGGGCGAAGAACGCAUGGGAAUAUUCUAUGAGUCAACAUGAUUAAUAUAACUAUAUAGAAAAUGCGUGAUUGUGUGUGUAGAUUAGGUGGGGAGGCUUGUGGAUGUGGUAAAGGCGGAUUUGGGGGGGACUUUUUAUGAUCAAUGAAA